UGAAAAAGAAGCCACUACCAAUAUACAAAUCAAACACUGAGAUCCAUCAUAUCCUUUCUUUAAGCGUUUAGUCGAUUCUCAUUUAUCCAUCAAACCGCCAUGAUGAACAAGCCCAGAUUGGAGGGUAAAGUAGCCCUUAUCACCGGUGGUGCAAGCGGCAUAGGAGAAGCCGCAGCCCGGUUAUUCCUGGAGCACGGAGCCUGUGUCGUUAUCGUGGACAUCCAAGAUGACUUAGCUCACCAACUCAUUGCCUCGUGUACAGAUUCCGGUAAGAUCUGUUAUUGCCGUUGUGAUGUAAGGGACGAGAAGCAAGUAGAAGCCGCGGUGAGCCACACAGUAACCAAAUACGGCUCUAUCGACAUCCUCUUCAGCAAUGCGGGAAUCAUGGGCCCUAUGACAACCAUCCUAGACAUGAACCUGGAUGAUUUCGACAACACCAUGGCGAUCAACGUCCGUGGGGUGGCUGCAACCAUCAAACACGCGGCUCGCGCCAUGGUAGCCGCAAAAACACACGGCUCCAUCAUAUGCACGGCUAGUGUUGCAGCUUCAAUUGGAGGAGCUGGUCCACAUGCCUACACCACUUCCAAACACGCCAUGAUCGGCUUGAUGAAAACCGCUUGCAAUGAGCUCGGGGCUCAUGGGAUUAGAGUCAACUGCAUUUCUCCUUUCGGCGUGGCUACACCUCUCAGCUGCGCCGCGUACAAUCUAGAAGCCGGUGAGGUUGAGGCUAACUGUUGUGCGACUGGGAAUUUAAAAGGGGUGGUGCUGAAGGCUAAACAUGUGGCGGAGGCCGCGUUGUUUUUGGCUUCGGAUGAAUCGGUGUAUGUAAGCGGGCAGAAUUUGGGGGUUGAUGGUGGGUUUACGGUGGUUAGCCAUAGCUACUCCGUGAAUUAGGGUAUGUGUUGGAAGAUUGUGGUUUUUUCAAGUUGUGGAAUUUUUAAUGUUUUGAGAAUUGAGAUUGUAUUAAAUUGUUUGGUUUAUGAAAUGAACGUGGAAGAUGAAGUAGUGAGUGUGUAGUGGGGAGCAGCAUGUGGGUGUGAGCUUGAUUUGGGCUUUUUUGCCGGGUUAGAAAUCAAGAAAAAUGUUACUUGUAGUAAAUUAUGGCAUAAAUUGUGGCAUGCUUGUACGAA